AUGGGGAGUGGAAAGUGGGAGGUCACAGGUCCACCUUGAGGCAGAGGGUGUGGACGGCCUCCCGGACUCCCACGCGGGGUCCUCGGACAGUUCCGGAGUGCUUGGUGCCUGGCGGGCCUGCGCUGGUUCCGGAGAUUCCAGGCAGUGACCUUGACGCACCUGCAGAGCGUCGCCAGCAACUACAACGUGUCCUACAACGUUGAUGUCCGGUUCCGCAGCCUGGCGGAAGAGAGCCAGGCCGUGGCUCAGGCGGUCAACCAGUCACAGGCCGUGGUGCAGGGGGAGCUGGUGCAGCUCAAGGCCUGGGUGAGGAAGCUGCAGCGCCGAAGCCGGAAGAUAGACACGCGGCUGCGGGCCUUGGACCUCGCCCUGGGCGAGAGGAGCCAGCAGCAGGCCCGGGAGAGGAAGGCGCACGAGGCCCAGGGGGACGCCCUGCAGGACUCACUGGCACGCCUGGAGGGCCUCGUCCACAGUCAGGGCGCCAGGCUGGCUGCUUUGGAGGGGUGGCUGCCCGUGGCCCACCCUGGCAUCACAGCCUUGGGGCCGGCCCUCAUCCCAGCCCCAACCCAGCCUGGUCUGCUGGGCCCAAGCUCCCUGAAGCUUCAGAGGGACAGGCAGGAGCUCCAAGUUGCAUCCGAGCACAGGGGCCCCCGGCAAGACUCCUCGGCCCCUCCCCAGGGGACUCGGGAGCCCCCAGGCUCAGGCAGCCAUCGGGUACUCAAUGGGACUGCCACGGCCCCAAAAGAUCCUCCACGGCAGGCAUGGUCCCCCCGGGAGCCAGGAGAGAUUUGCGGCGUGGGCCCCACCCUCAUUUUUCCGAACGCCUCCACCAAGAACGUGGUGUUCCUCAGCCCCAGCUUCGUCACUGCCCUGCGAGCCGUGUCCUUCUGCAGCUGGGUCCGCACGGCGUCGGGUCGCCUGGGCACCCUCCUGUCCUACGCCACCGAGGACAAUGACAACAAGCUGGUGCUGCACGGCCGAGACUCCCUGCUGCCCGGAUCCAUCCACUUCGUGAUCGGGGACCCGGCCUUCAGGGAAUUGCCCCUGCAGCCACUGCUGGACGGCCAGUGGCACCACAUCUGUGUCAUCUGGACGUCCACUCAGGGCAGGUACUGGCUCCACGUGGAUCGCAGGCUGGUGGCCACUGGCUCCCGCUUCAGGGAGGGCUACGAGAUCCCCCCCGGAGGGUCCCUGGUGCUGGGCCAGGAGCAAGACAGUGUGGGGGGUGGGUUCGACAGCUCCGAGGCCUUCGUGGGGAGCAUGUCUGGCUUGGCUAUCUGGGAUCGGGUGCUGGUUCCCGGGGAAGUUGCAAACCUUGCCAUUGGGAAAGAGUUCCCAGCAGGUGCCAUCCUGACGCUGGCCAAUGCUGCACUGGCAGGCGGAUUCGUGCAGAGGGCCAACUGCACCUGUCUGGAGCGCUGUCCCUGA